AUGGCAGAGCCUCGUAUCCCUGUGAAGAUGAACCGCCUCAGCUGUCCAAUCUGCAGCGAGGUCCUCAGGAAUCCUGUGACUAUUCCCUGCGGACACAACUUCUGCAUGCAGUGCAUCCAGUACCGCUGGAACAACUCUCCCUUCAGCUGUCCUGAAUGUGGCCAUAAGUUUCCCUCCAGACCCCAGCUGAUCAAGAACACAACUCUGGCUGACUUGGUGAGGGACACCGAGAGGUGUGAUGCUGACUGUGCGAGUGGGAAACCACAGCAUUCGGCAGUCUCCACGCAGACCCUGAAAAGACCCUGGAGCUGUACAAAAAUGAAAAGCCCUUUAUGUUGGAGGCACAGAUGCUCCCUGGAUAUUUACUGUUGCACUGAUGAGCAGGUCAUUUGUGCACUGUGUGCUUCAGCUGAGCACAGGGGACAUACCAUUGGGUCGGUGAAGGGAGAAAGGAAGAAGAAACAGGAGGAGCUGGAGAUCAGACAGAUUGAAUCCAAGCAGAUUCUCAAGAAACAAGAAAAUAAAUGUAGGAACUUGGAGAGGACUCUCAAACAGAUUCAGGAGGAGGCGAGAGAUACAGACGACUACUGUGAGAGCGUCUUGGUCAGCGUCAUCGACUCCCUCCAGAGACAUUACCUAUCAGUGAGAGAGCUGAUCAGAGCUCAGGAGGAGGCUGCAGCCGCUCAGGUUCAGAUCUCCCUACAGACCCUGCAGGUGAAGAUUGAUGAAAUGAAGAAGAGGAGUGCUGAGCUGGACCAUCUGGCACAGACUGACAAUGAUGUCCAUUUCUUGGAGAAAUGGCCCACUCUGCAGCGCCUCUGUGACGAAGACCUUCUCCGUGCUCUCCGCUGGGUUUCACAGGAUCCACUGCUCCCCUUUGAGUUCACAAAGAAAGCUGUUGACAAGCUCGGGAGGCAGCUUGAGGAAUUUUGUGACAAAGAAUUCACCUCAAUCUCUCAAACUGCUGACAGGGGAGAGCAGCAGGAGUCAGGAGGAGAGACAGAGCAGGACGACAUGCAGCAAGGAUGUGAAGCCAGUACCUCACAGUCCCAUGGUCUCACUGGAGUUAACAAGACUCUGACUGAUCGGACUGCGGAGCCUAAAACCAGAGCAGAGUUCCUGCAGU